CAGCUGUUACAGUGGGGCAGCUUAUCUGCCCUCUCUAUAGAAUUAAAGCGGUCAGCCAUGUCCAUUGUUGUCCAUAUUAGCGAGACAUUAUUAAUACCACGCAAAAUAUGGUAAUUAAAAAAACAAUGUUGGUUUUAAAUGGUGGUUACAACCCAUUUAAAAUAGUUGCAACUGCCUUUAUUAGUGGUCAAUGGGUAACCUCAAUCAGGUUAAUCAAACCACCCCAGCAUGACUCAUUAUGUCAUCAAAAAGCAAUAGACCACUUAAAUAAAUGUCUUCAUGCAUGGACCUCUUCAGGUUGAACAAAGGCCGGGGAAAGCUACAGGUGAUGCUGUGAUCGGUGUGACACAUCAUCACACCCUGAAGAGGACCCAUAGAGCAUCAAUGCAUGCGUUUAUAUGUGGAGCUUUUAACACAUCUGUUAAAUGACACGCAAGCAUCCUUUUUAUUAUCAUCAAAUGGUUUCACUUGUUUCAAUAAUGGGGCCCCACAGGUGGGGAUGUUUGCAUGUUUAGUGCAAUUGAGCAGCUGUGCUCCAUAUAAGUAUUUGGAAUUACAAAUGGACAAUAAAUUAAAUUGGAGUGCCAAAGAGGAUUUAGAAAAUCAGCAUUAUUUACAGUCACAGUCUAGUUAGAAUUGAGAAGUGCAGUAAUGAAAGUGAGAGAAAAUAUGACUAAUCCUUCCCUUCACUCCGUCUCCGAGGGCUACCGUUGUUUUACAUCCAGGCAGAUUGUUUUUUCUUACAAUCCCUGUGCAUUCAUAUAUAUAUAUAUUCUCUUAAGUUUACUUUUCACAGGCUUAAUUUUUAUGUAUAUUGAAUUCAUAUAUAUUGCACCAGAUAACACUGGAGACUAUUACUAAGGGGAAGCUCCUGUCAAUGGAAAGAUACACAUCCACCUCAGUGUGACUACAUGAUGGAGGCUCCCUGAGGGGAAAAAGUGACAAGCGAGACUAAAGAAAACUCUGCUGUGUGAUUGGGUCUUCCUUCAAACCCUCCUCUAUAAAGGCCUAAAAGACCAAAGCGUCCCACAUCCACGAGCUUCGUGCGAGACCAAGUUGUCCCCUGAUCAGGCGUAGCGAUGGACGCAGAAGGCUGGAUCGAAUCCCUCAUCAGAGCACUCAUGUUCCUGGCAGGGAUCCUGGGGAACAACUGGCUGGCCAUACGCUCGCUGCCCGGCCACAAAUCUAGCAUCCGCACCAACGAGGUGCUUUUCAUCAACCUGGCCGUCUCCAACCUCAUCACCAACUACCUGGUGGACCUGCCCGACACCGUGGCGGACUUCGCUGGACACUGGUUCCUGGGGGAGACCUUCUGCGCCGCCUUUCGUUUCUGCGCCGACCUCUCAGAGACCAGCAGCAUCUACUCGACCUUCUUCAUCAGCGUGUUCUGGCACCAGAAGCUGGUGGGCUCCCUGAAGCGCGGCGGUGCUCCGGUGCAGCUGGACCGCCUGUGCCUGGUGGGCUGCCUGCUGGCCGGGAGCUGGACGGUGGCAGCGGUCUUCAGCAUCCCUCACGUGUUCUUCGUGGCGGUGGAGGGGCGAAACGGGAGCAAAGUGGACUGCGUGGACGUCUUCCCCAGCGCGGUGGCCAGGCAGACCUACGAGAUCUUUUAUUUAACCCUGGCGAACGCUCUCCCGCUCGCUGGGCUGGUGUUCGCCAGUGCACAGAUUGUCGUCACUCUGCUGCGAAACAAGCAACGCGUACAGGGUCACAGCUCUGGCGCUAGCGAGGAGGGGGAAAACAAGAGCGGCGGAGGGAGGGACGGCGGCGUGGCCGGCACCGCGUCUGGUCCGGGCCCCACUGAAGAUCCAAAAGAUCCUUCGUCCCUAACGGACAUUUACACCGGCGUGCCCGCUUCAGCGCGUCCCACCGGAGGGUCGCCGGGUCACGCCGGGACCCUCGUCGGGGACACGUACAGCGGGGGCGGAGCUCCGGAAGGACCCGGCAGGCCGAGCCAGACGCGGGCGAAGACGAGCUCGGGCACUCAGGUGAGAGCGGCCAAGAGCGUGGUGGCUGUAGCCGCGGUGUUCCUGGUCUGCUGGCUGACUCAUCUGCUGCUGCGCAUCAGCAACAACAUCCACACGUCGUCGAUGCUGGUGGAGGUGGCCAGCUACAUUGCAGCCUCCUACACCUGCAUCAUCCCCUACAUAUUCUUGUACGGAGUGAAAAAGCUUGGUUGCCCGUGCAGAAGGUAGAAAGGUGCACAUUACGUGCAGGAUCCAAAUCAGUCAAGAGUAAAUAUAAGUGUCCUUUACUUGAACAAGGAACUGUAGAAGAGACGGGAUGAAAGAGGACGGGGUUGACAAGAAAACCAAUUAACAGCCAACAUCUCAUAUAUUUUGUUUUAAGAACUGGCCGAAUUAAUUAGUCGACUGAGAUACAUUUAUUGGCGGAAAAUUCCCAAUUAUACUCAUGUUUAGUUAUUUUAUCUGGGGGAGGGGGCACCUUGUAACUUUAUUUUGAAAAGCUAUGUAAAAUGUUUUCUUUGUCAAACACAAUGUAAAGAAACUCAUCACAGCAGGUAAAAAUGUAUUGCUUCUCACAUUUCAAAUAACUAAAGGAAAGAUAGAAAUGACUGUGGCUGCAUUCCUAAAGAUUAACAUGUAAAGAACAUUACAUCAGUCUCACAUGGUAAACGUCAUGUAUAAUAUAAAUGUACUGACUCACUGACGUUAAGAGAAACAAUCCUGUAUCAAGUAAGAAAUCUAGUUUUUUUUUAAGGCUAAUUAGAAAUUCAGCAUAAUUGCUCAUAAUCGUGCAGAGCAAAUUGGCGGAAAAAAUGAAAUCAAUUAAUGCAGCAAUUUGUUUUGUGAUGACAGCAGGAAAAACAUAUGUGCGCUUUUCAAUUAAACAUAAUUAUGUAAACAAUUAGUGAAGUCCAUUAUUGUACUCCCUCUGCAGCGCAACAUUUCAACCAAAGGCAAUCUCGCCAAUUACUUGUAAAAUCUGUAACCAAGAACGUGGGUUUGAUGGGUUGCAGGUAACAACUACUUCCUGUAAAAAUGUUCCUCGAACACAAAUAACACGUUUUAUUUCUUCAUAAAAAUGUUUUUAUUUAUUUUUUUGCAGUAUAGCACUGAACUGCUCCUGGUUAAAAAUGUGUUGCGCACUUGAAACAAUCACAAAAUCACUGUUAAAUGUUUCCUGCCAAGAGAAAAAAACUCACU